AAGUGGAGACCGCUCAAAACAUCGCGAUAUUUGGGAGAGGGGAGUGGGGAGAAAAAUGGCGGUCUAAGCUUAAGUGCCGAGUGAAGAGUUUACGAAGUGGACGGUGGCGCUGCCGAUCAGCGGCCCCCCGGCGUUAUAUGUGUCCGUGAUUAUUUGUUACCGGUUGUUUGGCGUUGCUUUGUAAAUCUCCCCGCCCCUCCCCAGAACACUGCUCAGCACUCGCUGCCUCCCCUCGGGCUCUCUCUGGUGCCGCCCUCUCCCCACCCUUCAGGCCGCCGUCUUAUUCCUAUGUUACCGCAGCCUCCGAGCCCCGCGUUUGGUUGCUCUACAUGUCGUUGUGUGGCUGUCGCGGUGCAACAACAGCAGCAGCUAAAGGUGCUAUCGUCAACCUCCGAGUGUGUGCGAGGUCCACGGCAGCGGUACCGCCACCGUGCCCUCUACUAUCUCCCUCGUCGUCAUGACAGGAGAGAAGGCGGACAGGAUUUCCAACGGCCGCUCGGUGCGUAGGGAUCACAGGCUGUUCAAAGAGGAGACGGAGGCUGAGCAAGACGACGAAGCGACUAGGACUAAAAACCGGGCUAAACUCUUUGCGAACCACAAACUGAUCAAGAGCCCGGCUUCCACCACGGAGGCGGCAGCAGCCAGGGGCGAGGAUUUUCCAGUCCAUGAAUGCGUCUUUAAAGGCGAUAUCCGUAAAUUAUCAUCAUCAAUAAGGACCCACAACAUAGCUCAAAAAGAUCUCCACGGAAACACACCAUUACACCUUGCUGUGAUGCUGGGGCACAAAGAGUGUGCCCAUUUACUUUUAGCUCACAAUGCGCUAGUAAAGGUGAAAAAUGCUCAGGGAUGGAGCCCGCUGGCAGAAGCCAUCAGCUAUGGAGACCGACAAAUGAUUACAGCUUUGUUGCGAAAACUUAAGCAACAGUCGAGAGAAAAUGUAGAGGAAAAACGACCUCGAUUACUCAAAGCUCUAAAAGAGCUGGGAGACUUUUAUUUAGAGCUUCACUGGGAUUUUCAAAGCUGGGUGCCUUUACUUUCCAGAAUUCUGCCUUCAGAUGCUUGUAAAAUUUACAAACAGGGUAUAAACAUCAGGCUUGACACAACUCUAAUAGACUUUACCGAUAUGAAAUGUCAACGUGGAGAUUUAAGCUUCAUCUUCAAUGGUGAUUCAACACCCUCUGAAUCUUUCAUUGUAUUAGACAAUGAGCAAAAAGUUUAUCAGCGAAUACACCAUGAGGAAUCUGAGAUGGAAACUGAAGAGGAGGUUGAUAUUUUGAUGAGCAGUGAUAUUUACUCAGCAACAUUAUCUACAAAAUCUAUUACCUUUGCACGAGCGCAGACUGGCUGGCUUUUCCGAGAAGACAAAACAGAGCGAGUUGGGAACUUCUUGGCAGAUUUUUACUCUGUAAAUGGCCUUGUUUUGGAAUCCCGAAAACGACGUGAGCAUCUCAGUGAAGAGGAUAUUCUAAGAAAUAAGGCUAUCAUGGAGAGUCUGAGCAAAGGAGGAAAUUUAAUGGAGCAAAAUUUUGAGCCGGUUCGAAGACAGUCGCUCAGCGCUCCCCCUGCCAACACAAUCACUUGGGAAGAGUACAUCUCGGCAGAAUCUGGAAAGGCUCCUCAUCUUGGAAGAGAACUAGUCUGCAAAGAGAGCAAAAAGACGUUCAAAGCCACAAUAGCCAUGAGCCAAGAGUUUCCUCUGGGCAUUGACUCAUUACUGAAUGUUUUAGAGGUCAUAGCACCCUUCAAGCACUUUAAUAAACUCAGAGAAUUUGUUCAGAUGAAACUUCCACCAGGAUUUCCUGUUAAACUAGACAUACCUGUGUUUCCAACCAUCACUGCCACUGUGACAUUUCAGGAAUUCCGUUAUGAUGGGUUUGAUGACUCGAUCUUCAAUAUUCCAAGAGACUAUAGUGAAGACCCCAGCCGCUUCCCUGAACUUUGAUCUGGCAGCCUGGUUAUGGUUGGACUAAGAGAAGUGCAAGGUGCUGUGUGCUUAUUUUCCCUCUUCAUGAGUUUAACAUCUUUCUUCCUUGGUGAUACAAAGAUAUCAUUUGGAGAAACUUUGGAACAUUCCUAAAUGGAAGAAUGUAAAGUCUUACAGAAAUAGACAAUACGGCUUUUUGUUGAUUUGGAAAAUCUUUUUAUUAAAUUCCUGAUCUUAAAUUCAAAAUGUUCUAUUUGUAAAAUAACUCUUCUCUAUACAUGCAUAUAUCUGUCAUUUGGUUGCUACAAGUUUCAGAGGAUAUUACUUUGAUGUAAUCUACCUUCAAAAAUUGGUUAAGUGAAAAGAGGAAACAACUAUUAUGGAAUGCAUACCAGUUACUUCCUAAAACAUCAAGCUGCUUCUACAUUUGUUUCCAGAAUUGGUUUGCUGUUACUAUUUUGAUAUUUAUUUGUACACCAGUUUUUGUGUACUCUUUUGUCAUCUGUUUUUUUUAAAAACACUAUUAUAACUACAUUAAUUUAGUUUUACAAGUGUCAGCAAAAAGAGAAGAUAGAUUCUGAAAGAGUAACCCACAAAGUAAGAGGGAACAUUUUUGCACUGUAUGAUGGUUGUUCAGGAAAGAUGACUGUUCAUGUUCUACAAUUCCAAGUUGAACUUCGUUUUAAUUAGCAUUACAUGAUUCCAUAAGGGAAACAUAGUUUGUGAUGUAACUGAGCAAUUACUGUAUAAAAAAAAAAUCAUUGUGCAUACAGUUAUUAGCAAAGUUUCAAAGUGGUGGUACUCGCAAAUGGGGAUAUUACAAAUAUCCCAUUGCUUCAACUGGAAUUGCAUGGAAUUUCCAGUAAGAUUUUGAGGUCUGUUUGGGUGUAAAUGUAGUAUUGCUUUGUUUAGCUAUGCCUGACGAUAAUUAUCCCUGGUGAGAAGACAAAUGGCCAGUCAAUUUCUGUUGAAUACAGUGAUUCCUAACCUUUUCCACAUGGGAAAACUUUGUGUCAAAUACACAGCCAGGCUUCAGCUGAUGGGAAAUGUUGUCAUAUUCAAUUUACAAUUCUACACAAUUUUGAAGUAUUUUUUGUAUAAAAUGUUUUUAAAAACUAAUAUAAUAUACCCAAAAGUUUUGCAGUUACUGUUCUUCCAAACAGUUGUUUUGUGGGGAACAGAAUUGUUCCAGUUUAAUUAAUGCACUGUAUAUAACCACAAAAGUAAAUAUUUCUUUCAAAAAAUUCUUCUCAGUUUUAAAGUCAAAAGCUUGUAUAACCAUGUUGAAAGACGAAGUAGGACUAUCCAAGUGAGAACUGUCUGAAGGCUACCUCACUUGUGGAACAGAGUAAUGUGACUCAUUUAUAGCCUGAGUUAUGUGACAUUUCUUACCUUUUUAAUUGAUUUACUCGUCUUAUUCAUGACUGCUGACCUUGAGGUUUGCAAUUCCCUUCAAGUCUUAGAUAUCACAAGUUAAUUGCAGGGAAUUUUACUGUACUCUUUACUUGAAAGAUUGUGUGUAAAAAAAAAAAGAAAUUAACAUUUCAAAAAUUAUUGGAAUCUUUCCUCAAUGCUAACAAAAAUGGGAGCAUGAAGCAAUGAAUACAUGUCAUGAUAUGAAAAUAUUAAAUUGGAUGAUUAGAGUUUUUAAAGAAAUAAAGUAUCUUAUUAUAUAUAUCAAUAUCUUGAGGUAUUGAUAUGAUAAACUAGCAUAAAGUUGUUUACCAAAUGUGCUUUGUACAAAUAAAUAUAGUUAAAAAUCCA